ACUGGAAUCCUGGUCACAGAUAGACUUUUACAACCAGGAGUGAGAAGCUGUCGUCACUGCUGGAGUUUGGACAAAGUUCUGUCAACUAUAGCUAUCCGUGGCGGUAAACAGUGAGGAAAUAAAUAUACACUUUCGCUUUAAAAGAAGCGAAAUCCCACUCAGGUGUGUUCAGUUCCUCUCUCGCUGUUGUCUGUGGUCUUCCUGAAAACACCUGCGCGCCUCAGGUAACUCACCUAUGAAGAAGGGGGAAGUCUCUGGAGAGUGACCGGUGAACAAGUGGAUGAACUCAUCUGUUGGAGACGAUCCCAAGCAAAUCGAGUCCAUCUGCAGACUGCAACCAGUUAAGUUUGUCCUUCAGGGAUGUGCUCGAGUCGAGGAAUAUGUGGCAGGAACAACGACGGAGAGAACAGGUCCUCCAGGACACAGGGCACCAGUUCAGGCGCCCACUACGCCCUGUGCGCCCUGGGAGUUGGACUGAUUGCCCUGGGUGUUGUCAUGAUUGUGUGGACGGUGAUACCAAUGGACGGAGAGGCCUCGAGUGGGUCCACCACUCUGUCAGGCAACUCCACAGACCCUGAGAAUGGAGACGAGGAAGAAUCGGAUCACACAAAGUCUUCGUCGGUGGCUAUGGUGCUGGUUGGAGUUGGCGCAGCCAUGCUUCUCUUGUCCAUCUGCCUCGGAGUGAGGAACAAGAGGAGAGCACGCAACAGAAGUGACGAGCCUGCGGCAAUAAACACCCCCUUCAUGGAGCAUGUGGCUGGGCAGCAGGAAGAACCUGUGGAUCGACCCUCAUACAACGUGCCGAGCUACGACGAGGUCGUAAGUAGCGGCAACUACCCCGUCCGUCAGAGCAACCUCCGCCAGAGCACCUCCCAGCUGCCGUCUUACGAGGACAUCAUAGAAGCUGUGGAAAAUGAGGGACGAGAGCCCACAAACAAUCCCACUGAGGACACCCCCCUGAACGAGGCCACGGCAGCUUCCCCGCAGCCUGCUGCCGAGGCCCAGGCCGACCCCCCUGGCCUCACACCAAACCCCAGCUUGCCCACUCGCAGCGCCAGCCGGGCAAGCCGCUUACUGCGCCCCCUGCGGGUGAGGAGGAUCAAGUCGGACAAAUUGCACCUGAAAGACUUCCGUCUCCAAAUCCGCAGCCCCACACAGAAUCCAGUCACCAUUGAACCCAUCACCCCGCCUCCAGGCUAUGAAAACAAGAUGCCAGAAUUACAAUAGGAAGUCUGCGUCAUCUCUCCUCUAAACGUCUGGUGAAUAUCUCUUUUGUUAAAUGGACGGAUGACUUAACCAGUGAAUAACAUUUUUAAACUCCAUUUUCAAGGUUGGAAUUUAAGGUACUGUAACUGUUGUAAAACAUUGGACACCCUUUCUGUUAUAUUUAGUAGUCAGUUGUAUUAUUUUUUUUCCUCCUUACCUGUAAUUAUUGUUGUAUUUUGGAAUCUAUCGCUUGUGUUGGGGGGGGGGG